AUGGGGAGUUCGGUCGGCUGCUUGAGAGGCGGCUCCAAGUCGAGGCAAGAUCAGAAUGGUCAGGUCGUCGCGGGUUCGUCUCCUCGUUCAGGUCAUGUAUUAUCAAGAGCUGGAAAUAAUGUACAGGUAUUCUCCCUAAAUGAGAUGAAGACUGCCACACGAAACUUUCACAUGUUGAAUUGCAUUGGCCGCGGGGGUUUCGGAGCAGUGUAUAAGGGAAACCUGAAAGAUGGCACUCAAAUUGCAAUUAAAAAGCUUGCAGCUGAGUCAAAACAAGGAAUUAGCGAAUUCUUGACAGAGAUUAAUGUCAUAUCAAACGUUAGGCACCCAAACCUUGUCAAGCUGAUUGGUUGCUGCGCUGAAGGGAGUAACAGACUAUUGGUGUAUGAGUACGCCGAAAAUAAUAGUUUGGCAAAUGCUUUGCUUGGACCAAAGAAUAAAUGUAUCCCAUUGGACUGGCAGAAAAGAGCUGCUAUAUGUAUCGGAACUGCUUCUGGCCUUGCUUUUCUUCAUGAGGAAGCACAACCACGCAUUGUCCACCGUGAUAUCAAGGCUAGCAACAUUUUACUUGAUAAAAAACUGCUGCCGAAAAUUGGAGAUUUUGGAUUGGCCAAGCUUUUUCCUGAUACUGUCACUCACAUUAGCACCCGUGUUGCAGGAACAAUGGGUUAUUUGGCACCAGAGUAUGCUUUGUUGGGACAAUUAACCAAGAAAGCAGACAUAUAUAGUUUUGGGGUGCUUCUUCUUGAAGUGAUAAGUGGUGAAAGCAGCAGCAAGUCGACUUGGGGGCCUAAUAUGCAUGUUCUUGUGGAAUGGACAUGGAAGCUGCGGGAAGAAGGAAGACUCUUGGAAAUUGUUGACCCAGAGCUGGAAAACUACUCAGAGGAGGAAAUGCUUCGUUUCAUCAAGGUGGCACUGCUGUGCACACAAGCCACGUCCCAGCAGAGGCCAUCCAUGAAGCAGGUUGUCAAUAUGCUAUCUAACCAAACAGAAAUUGAUCUGCAAAAUGUAGUUGCACCAGGUGUGCUGAAAGAACCCCGGCCGCGUACCGGUGGCUUUGGGGGUUUGACAGCAGACACGUCCUCAAGCCAAAGCACCAAAGCCAAUCCAGCUGAAUCAUACAGUACACAGACCAACAUGAACAGCUGUCAAUUUAGCACAACUGACGUAUCACCAAGGUGA